AAUGGGCAGUACCGCGAACGCGAACUACAAUCUGCAUAUCCUGGUUUCAGGAGACGUUCACAGACUUCAGGUUGACGACAAGACAUAUAAACAGAAGAUAAACUAUUUCGCUGUACUAUACUGAACAGAUUGGGAUAAGACGACAGUGUCAUUAUGGGGGACAGCAUUUGCAAUGGGACCCACAGCAAAAAGGCGCUACUGUCAGACCCUCAGCUAUUUGAAGACCAGUUCGAGGAGUUGGUGACGGAGCUGGCAGAGCAGGAUAUCACCGAUCCUGCGCUGACUGAUGCUCUGAACAGGCUAAAAGAGGUUUUGGUGUACAAUUCCCCCGGAGGCAAGAGGAACAGAGGCCUGUCUGUGAUUGGUUCACUGAGGGAGCUUCUCCCGCCCACUCAGCUCACACAGGGCACAGUGCAGAGGGCCCUCAUGGUUGGCUGGUGUAUAGAGUUGCUUCAGGCGUUUUUCCUUGUGGCAGACGAUAUCAUGGACGCAUCUGUGACACGCAGAGGACAGCCCUGCUGGUACAAGAAGGACGGGAUAGGUCUUGAUGCCAUCAAUGACUCAUUUCUCCUCGAAGGGUCAAUCUACAGACUUCUUCGCAGACAUUGCAGGGAUCAGCCGUACUAUGUCCACCUACUGGAGCUGUUUACUGAGACAUCUUUCCAGACAGAGCUCGGCCAAGCUCUGGACCUUAUGACAGCUCCUCCUGGUCAGAUUGACCUGAACAGAUUCACCAUGGAGAGGUAUAGAGCUAUUGUUAAAUACAAAACUGCCUUUUACUCAUUUUACCUCCCAGUGGCAGCUGCAAUGUACAUGGCUGGAAUUAAGAGUGAAGAGGAACACAAUAACGCAAAACACAUCUUGCUUGAGAUGGGAGAGUUCUUUCAAAUUCAGGAUGACUAUCUGGACUGUUAUGGAGACCCCGCUGUGACAGGAAAGAUCGGUACAGACAUCCAGGAUAACAAAUGUAGCUGGCUGGUUGUGAAAGCUCUGGAAGUUAUGAACCCUGAACAGAGAGCAGAGCUGGAGACAUGUUACGGACGUCAUGAUGAUGCAAGUGUUCAAAAGGUCAAAGCGCUCUACGACACACUGGAGAUGCCAACACUGUACAACAAAUAUGAAGAUCAGAGCUACCAGCGGCUACAGGAACUAAUCGCAUGUCACGCUCAAAAUCUCCCUCACUCAGUCUUCCUCAACUUCGCCAAGAAGAUCUACAAAAGGAACAAGUGAGAGGGAAUGGAUCCAUUAACACUCUGAGGUGCAUGAGCCAGGUUAUCAUGCAACUCCAAUUAUGGCAUAAAGCGUGACUCCUUUCCUUUUCCAGAGAACAGGCUCUGAGGCCCACUAGCAUGAGCUGAAGAGGACUGUGAUGUGUAAAAAUCUGCUGGAAGUUUAUGAACUGCAUUGAUUUUGUAGAUAUUUGGUUGUAAAUUACUUAAAGCUGCCCCUUUCUUUUGCGUCAUGUUGCUUUAUUUAAGAAUCCGGUGGAUUUAAGAAUAACAUUGCAAUGAAUCAUGGACAGGUUAAGCUUUCAAUUGCAGGAUUAAGGUAUAUGUCAAAUAAGGUUAGAUGGCCAGAGUAGUUUUGAAUAUGUAGAAAAAGAGAUCAUUGAUUAGGCGUUCAGAUGAAAACUGAAUUCAUUACAGUUUGUAUCCUGACCAAGAAAAAGGGUCAAAACUGAUCCGCUCUAUAGUUUUAUAUAUUUUUACAUGGCUGCUAUUAAGUCUGUACUGGCUUGGAUGUUAUGUUUUUAAUAAAUAAUAUAUAGAUAGUAUUUUUCUCAUUUUUUUACUUUUGAGUAGUUUGUAAAGCAAUUGUCUGAUUUAAAGUAAACUGUUUAUAAUUGGUCAAAUGUUUCACUCAUUCACUCAAAAAUACUGACGUUUGCAGCUGUUGAAAUGUGAGGAUUUGGUGAAUUAGGUUGUGAUGGAUGUAAAAUAUUUGGUUUGGGAAAUAUUGGCCAGUGGAGAAAAAAACAAGCAACUUCAUAUCAACUUUGAUCUGGGAAAUUCUGAAACUUUUAUUAAAUUCAAGUAAAUCAUCCUGUUAUUCAGAUUAUUUUCCACCAUGAGCAGUCGCAGAGAAUGUAUUCAGAUUAUUCAAUUAUUGGUAAUAAGACACCAUAAGUAUUCACUGUUACAAGAAAUUGAAAAAUCAUACAUUGAAUAUGGUACAUGUCCUCUGUAAUUGUUAAGACUAUUUUAUAUCAUAUUUUAAAGAUAUGAUGUUUAUUUUUAGAUCUUCUUUUCAAAAAUUUUUUUAUAGGAGGACAUUUUUUGAGUGGUUUCAUGUGCUUACAU